UACUCUACACGUAUAGGGAAGCGUGUGGUUAGGAUAUUAAAGAAUCAUUAGAAUCAUUAGAAGAAUUAUUGUUCAACGAGAACAAUAACCUUUAUGCACAGUGCGAGAGAUACGUUUCUCGUAGCAGUACAAAAAAGAAUGCCAGGACCUCUCUAGGCACGGCCUAGGGUUAUGGCGACAUUACAAUUAUAGAUUAUAGACUACAACAAUUAGUCAUUUAUUCCUUACGCUUUUUACUGCGAUUUGUAUAGUACAGAAAAUUGUUUAUGUGCUGAGUGUAAACAGUGCCCUUCAAUUCUUGUCGUUGGAGGGGAAUACACAUAUCAUAUUCCCCUUUCUCGAUCGAAACGAAUACACUUUUGCAUACAUGUGUGAAUGUGUUUAAACACUGCAGUCCUGUGCGAACUUGAUACUUGAUUUCUUGAAAAUGGCUAACAUACCAUUUCGUAAUGUACAUAGAGUAUCAAACUUGUUUCAACCGUUGAAUAACUCGCAUUCCUCUAUUAAAAAAACAAUAAAUAUUACGAAAACUUACAAAAAUUUGAUCAACUAUGGAUUAAUCAAACCAGUUAAUAAUGGAAUGUAUGCAUUUCUACCUCUGGGAUUGCGUGUCUUAAAUAAAUUGAUAAAUCUUGUUGAUCAUGAAAUGGAGAGGUUAGGAGCACAAAAAUUAAUGCUCCCGGCUUUAACCUCUAAAAGUUUAUGGAAACAAACGGACAGAUUUGAAAACAGUAAGACUGAAUUAUUUAAAAUAGAAGAUAGACACAGGAAAGAAUAUAUACUUAGUCCAUCGUACGAAGAAACAAUUUGUGAUUUAAUAUCAUCUGUUGGUGUUCUGUCUCCGAAGCUUUUACCCUUAAAAUUAUAUCAAAUUUCUAAUAAAUGGAGAGAUGAGAUGAAACCUCGUCUUGGAUUUCUUAGAAGCAAAGAGUUUGUCAUGAAGGAUUUAUAUACGUUCGAUAAAACUCUGGAUGAUGCAAAGAAUACUUACGAGUUAGUAUGUGACGCAUAUGAUAAUGUAUUUCAAAAAAUAGGCAUAACAUUUAGAAAAGCUGUUGGUGAUACAGGAUCAGUUGGAGGUUUGCUAUCCCAUGAGUAUCAUUAUAUAAGCAAUAUUGGAGAAGAUAUUAUUUAUGUAUGUUCAUCUUGCCAAUACUCUAUUAACAAAACCAUAUGCGAAGAAUCGCAUUGUCCUCAAUGUAAGAACAAAUUUCUUGAACAACACUCUGCAGAGGUGGGUCAUACGUUUUUGCUAGAUACAAAAUACACAAAACCUCUAAAAGCUUUAUAUAAAUCACACAACAACAAAUUAUUGCCAUUGGCAAUGGGUUCUUUUGGACUUGGUUUGAGUCGCAUCUUUACUAUCGCGGCCGAAGCAUUGUCCAUCGAAGACGAACUAAGAUGGCCAAACGGUUUAGCGCCUUAUACCGUGUGCAUUAUACCUCCAAAGGCUGGUAGCAAGGAAGAUACUGCAUCUGAGUACGUGGACCAAAUACUAACUAUUUUAAAUCAAUUGAAUAUUGAUACUAUACUCGAUGAUAGGACAAAAUUAACUAUUGGAAGUCGUCUUAUAUAUGCUCGACAAAUUGGAUUCCCUUAUGUUAUUGUAGUUGGUAAGAGAGCCAUGCAGAUACCACCAUUAUUCGAAAUCCAUAAUGUAAGUGACUCAGCAUAUCAUGAAAUACCUUUAGAAAGUAUAUACAACUAUUUUAAUGAUGAAAAUAACAAAGCUGGGGAAGCGCAUAUUUCGAAAGUAGCUGUUUGAGGAUAAACCAAUUAAUUUAUAAUUUAAUCAAAAAAGUAAAUUUAAUUUGUG